GCACGCGUUAUCAUGCAAUGCACGUUGUUCCUUCACUAGUACUACCAAAAAAACAAGCCCUAUAAAACCCAGAUUAUAAUAGUCAGCAGUUGCAGUUUCAGGGUUUCCUGCCAUGGAAGUUGACACAGAGAGCAACAUCCAAAGAAAACAAUCCAUCUAUCAAUCCAUGGAUGAGAGGUUUGAGAUACAAAAAGAAAUGUACAGGGGCCAGCAGUACAGCCAGAUAUACUUUGCUCGGCUUCACUUGAUGAGAACUCUCCUUUACUCUCUCCUUCCCAAUUGGAAGCCCCACUUGCCUGUCUGUACAGUUUUGGGACUGGAAGAAGGUAAGGAAUGCGUAAUUGUUGGAACCCUCUACAAGCACAUGAAGCUCAAACCUUCUAUUCUUGAUGAGUACUCUAAGGAGAGAUCUGCUGGCCCACUUGUAAAACCUCAUAAUUUUAUACACCCAGAUGAUUAUUUGGUCUUGGAAGAUGAAAGUGGAAGAGUUAAACUUCGUGGGAAUGUGCUAUUACCUUCUGUGUAUGUAACAGGGCUGGUGGUUGCGUUGCAUGGGAAAGAAACUGGUGCUGGUGAUUUUUGGGUUGAAGAUAUCCUAGAAGCUGGCUUACCAGACCAAAUUGCGCUGCCACUUAAAUCAGGAGAAGACAAAUAUGUUGUUUUUGUAUCGGGGUUGAGUGUUGGGAACAGCUGUUCUAACCCUCUCCAGUUCCAGCUUCUUGUUGAUCACAUAACAGGGCAUCUAGGAGACGAAAAGGAACAAAAUAUUGCAGCUCAGAUAGUUCAAGUAGUAAUUGCUGGGAAUUCUGUUGAAAUUCCUCUUGUACUCCUUAACGGUCAG